CCUCCAAAUCAUGUGAUUCAGGUGUUCCAAUCCCCUCCAAAUCAUGUGAUUCAGGUGUUCCAAUCCCCUCCAUAUCAUGUGAUUCAGGUGUUCCAAUCCCCUCCAAAUCAUGUGAUUCAGGUGUUCCAAUCCCCUCCAUAUCAUGUGAUUCAGGUGUUCCAAUCCCCUCCAUAUCAUGUGAUUCAGGUGUUCCAAUCCCCUCCCAAUCAUGUGAUUCAGGUGUUCCAAUCCCCUCUAUAUCAUGUGAUUCAGGUGUUCCAAUCCCCUCCCAAUCAUGUGAUUCAGGUGUUCCAAUCCCCUCCAUAUCAUGUGAUUCAGGUGUUCCAAUCCCCUCCCAAUCAUAGUCAAUAGCUAAAGACCUCCAAACUUGGUGUGGCCUUCAGAUGAGCCCAACAACAGUGCGUAGAGAGCUUCAUGGAAUGGGUUUCCAUGGC